AUGACCACCACAAGUGACGCAGUCCUCAAGGCAGAAAUAGCCCGCUUAACAGGCGCGAUCAACCAUCACAAGUCUGUCCAGCAAGCUUAUGGACCUGCCCCCGGCCCCGCAAGUUAUCGCAGAAGCAAUAAAUAUGUUAAUCCAACCUACAGGCCUCCUCCUUCUUACAAACCUCGAUCUUAUCAGAAUAUAGCAUCCAACCACGUUCCAGCCCCCGCAACGAAGACCACGCAACCUUCCUCAACCCGGGAUAUCGUCAUCGGUGGUGUCGCAUUCGAAUCUUCCUCUCGUUCUCUCGUACGAAAGGAUGCACCAAAACCGACAACAGCACCCAUCAAAGUCCCCCUUAGGCCCAUACCUCAGCAAGAGUUUCUCAGGACGACAAACGGACAUCGCAUCCCAGCAGGUCGGAUUUACAAAUCAAAGGUAUCCUCUAGGAGUCACCGACUGAGGAAUCGAAACUUGACUCUCGAUAAUACUCGGCCUCCCACUCAGGGACGUCGAGCUGCGAAACGAUUGAAAUACGUUGACAAACCAUGCCCUCGCUUCACCACUACAGGUGCAUGCAGCCGUGGCCUUACUUGUAUGUAUCGGCACGACCCAGACAAGAUCGCCAUCUGUUGGAACUUUUUACAUGGCAACUGUCCCAACACUGCUGAGAGCUGCAGCCUUUCCCACGACCCGAUUCCGGAACGCACACCGCUUUGUGUCCAUUUCGCAAACAAUGGACGGUGCACUCGGGAAAAGUGUCCUUUUCCUCACAUUCGCGUGGGCCAGCGGCAUGGUGUCUGCCGUGACUUUGCUGUCCUAGGGUUUUGCGCGAAGGGCCUCGACUGUAAAAUGCAACACGUUAGAGAGUGUCCAGAUUUCGCAGAAAAGGGCACUUGUUCAACGAAGGGAUGUAAGCUUCCUCAUGUCAUACGUGCGAACCGCAGUCGCAAAGUGCAUUCGACAUCGGCGGCGACACCGACAACGCCCGCACCAUCAGCCCCGGGUUUGAAGCCCCUGGCUGAUUCUGCCGCAACAUCCGCCGUCACUUCUAGUUCUCUCUCUGGUCCUGACAAUACACCGAGUUCGCAGCAUGUCUCCGUCAAGGAUGCCCAACUUGGUGACGACUUCGUAUCUCUCGUCUUCAAUGAGAGUGAAGAUGAUGACGAUGACGACGACGACAACAAUGACAAUGAUACAGACGAGGAAGAUGACACAGAAGACGAAGAGAGUGAAAAAGAGGGCUCGGGCCCCACACCGUUGUAGUGAUCUAUUAUAUUUUGUGCAUAUUAUUUCGUUUCGUUGAAUACAUGUAUAAUUUUGGGUAUCCCAAGUGCGUGCUAUCACGCUGAGCAUUUCGGGUGCCUUCGUUCAGGCCCGAAGUCUGGUUCGGUUAUAUAGCACAAAGUAUUCAUCUUAAUUGCAUACAAAUGCGAGGCAUAGCGUUGCCGGAACAUGUGUAAGAACAUGAUAAGAGCAUGUGAAAGAAUAUACGGCAUGUAUUACACUUAUGCCUCAGUCAACUCCCGCAGACGACGAACGGUGCUGG